AUGUACAAGUCACUUUUCUCCACCACCGAAUCGCUCUUGCUCGAACUGCUCAACCGCCUCUUGUCCCGUCCCGCCCCAAACGCGCCCAUCCCGAGAUCCUCGGCCGCCCAGGCCGCCCUCAACACUUUUGCGAAGGGCGCCACCACGUCACCAGCCUUUCCGGACGGCAGCAUGGCCGGCUUCGCCAGUUGCUCCUGGCCCAUCUGGCAUGUGGACGACUUUACCCUGUGCUUCCAAACAGAUUACCUCAAGGUCCUCCUACCUGUCAUAGUAAUCUCGCUGUCUCUCAUCAACUUACUCUCACAAAGCAUAAUCCGAGCAGUUAGGAUAAAACGAGCAAAUUCAAAGGCAUAUAAACCACUGUCAAAUGGCGUCACAAAUGGUCACGCUGUUCACCAACACACCGACCUCCCCCCGGAGGAGGAGGAAACUGUCGACGACUCCGACGACGAAGGUCUCGCAAUCAACGGCGGCCGGCUAGCCCUGGUCAAGACAACCACCAGGGGCUCGAUAGUUCAGGCUGAUGCGCCACCUGCCCAGAAACUGUCUGUCAUUGUCGAGGAAUUGGCCAUCGCCGCUUUGGUCGCGGUGAACGUCGUUGCGCUCGCCACAGGCGCUUUCGGAGGGACUGCUUCGCUUCCCUCUGUCAUUGGGCUCGUUACUUGGGUCUACGCCCUUGUUCUCGCAAGCCUUCGGCUCUUUCUGGGAAACACCCAAUGGCGUGUUCCGCACCUGUGGAACCACACGGCCGCCAUCUACUCGCUCCAAUGGCUCUUCACUGUCGCGAUAUUCCGCUCUGUCAUCAUCCGGCCCAGCUCUAGGCUCACCCAGAUUCUUGUCAUCCUGGAAUUCGCACUCACGACUCUGCUAUUUGGGAUGGCCAUUACCACUAGGAAGGGCAACAAGACUGUGCUGUUGGAGUGGGAAGACGGCAUUCAACCGUCGCGCGAGCCCUUGGCUUCCAUAUUUUCCAACUAUGCUUUCACAUGGGUUGAUGCCAUCACAUGGCAGGGAUACAAGCAGACUAUGGAGAUCAAGGACGUGUGGAACCUCAUGCCAAAGGACAAGGCUGGCACAGUUCUGGCUCAUUACCGCCAAAUGAAAAAAACAAUGGCCCUGUCGUACCACCUUUUGGUGUAUUUCAAAGGGCCACUGGUAGCACAGAUUUGGUGGGCUAUCCUCUCAGGUGUCUUCACCUUCUUACCGACUAUGCUUUUGAAAGCCAUCUUGGAAUUCGUCGAGCAUCCUGGCGAGGCACCACUUAACGUCCUCUGGCUUUAUGUCAUCCUCCUGCCGGUAACUGAUCUGGUUAGGUCGGUAGCAGACAACCAGGCUCUGUGGGUUGGCCGCAAAAUCUGCAUCAAUGUGCGAGCUAUCCUUGUCGGUGAAAUAUACGCCAAGGCUCUGCGACGAAAGGCUGCUGCAGGCAAUGAUGCCGUUCUCGGCAAGACCCAAACCGAUCAGCCUGGUGAGAGCAAAAGUUGGCUGGCGAAACUUAAGCGCACGGUUGGACUCGGAAGAAAGGAAGACAAGAAGCAGCCAAACGGCCAAGGCGCGCAAUCCCCCGGGGCGGGCGUUGAAGCCAAGAAGGAUGUGGCCGAUGAGCAAGCCAACUUGGGCACGAUUAUCAACCUCAUGUCCGUCGACAGUUUCAAGGUGUCCGAAGUCACCGCGUACCUCCAUUUUCUUGUCGCCCACGCGCCGACACAAUUGAUCGUCGCUAUAUUCCUGCUCUACCAAGUCAUGGGCAUGAGUGCCAUUCCCGGAUUCAUCGUCAUGGCUGCAUUGCUCCCUGUCAAUAUUUACUUCGGCAAGGCGUUCAAUAGCAGCCAGAAGCUGAUCAUGUCAGCCACUGACAAGCGAAUCUCAAUCACCAACGAGGUCCUUCAAAACAUUAGAAUCAUCAAAUACUUCGCGUGGGAAUAUCGCUUUUCUCAGAUCGUCGAUGAUAAGCGUAAGGCAGAGCUCAAGGCCCUCCGGAGGCGGUAUAUGAUCUGGGCCGCCGCCGUUGCAGUUUGGAAUACAGUCCCAAUCUUGAUUACGUUCUUCUCAUUCCUGUCGUACACACUUAUUGAGGAGAAGCCCCUCUAUCCCUCGAUCGCAUUCACGGCGAUUUCGCUCUUCAUGCUUCUUCGAUACCCUCUCGAUCAGAUUGGCGACAUGAUUGCUCACGUGCAGGAGUCCAAAGUGUCUAUCGAUCGUAUCGAGGAAUUCUUGAACGAGGAAGAGACGCAGAAGUUCGAACAGCUUGGCGAGGAUAACAUUGACGAGAAUGGAGACGAAGUCAUCGGAUUCAGAGGCGCAACACUCAUCUGGGGCAGCAGGGAUGCGGUCGCUGAUGACGGCUCAAUGGCUUUCCGUCUCCUAGACCUGGAUAUCGACUUCAAAAUUGGCAAGCUGAAUGUCGUCACUGGCCCGACGGGCUCAGGAAAGACUUCGCUACUGAUGGGUCUGCUUGGUGAGAUGUCACUCAUGCAAGGAAAGGUGUACCUACCAGGCGGACGAAGCCGUGAAGAUGUCCCGGCUGAUCCUGAGACCGGCCUAGCUGAGACAUGUGCCUACGUUGCUCAGAGUGCCUGGCUCGUUAAUGCGAACAUCAAAGAGAACAUCGUCUUCUCGGCGCCGUUAGAUGAGAAGCGGUACCGGGAGGUCAUUGUUGCCUGCGCGUUGGAGCGUGAUCUACAAAUCCUCGACAAUGGCGACAAGACGCUCGUUGGAGAAAAAGGUAUCACCCUUUCUGGGGGUCAGAAGCAGCGUAUUUCUCUGGCUCGGGCUGUCUACUCGAACUCCAAGCACCUACUACUCGAUGACUGUCUCAGCGCAGUCGAUUCUCAUACUGCACAAUGGAUUUUCAACAAUUGCAUCAAGGGGCCUCUCAUGCGCGAACGAACUUGCAUCUUGGUCACCCACAAUAUUCCUCUGACGGUGCCUUACUCCAGCCACGUCAUUGUCAUGGACAAUGGUAGGGUGUCUAUUCAAGGUGACGCCAAUGAAGUCAUCGACUCUGGCAAGCUGGGCGAGGAGGUUCAAAAGACCAAAGCUGGUUCAGCCUCGGCGUCCGUCUCCAGGAUUCCGUCGCGUGUCCCCUCAAGUGUCGGCGAGGAGAGUGGAGACACACUCAUUGAUGGCGCUGGUGAGGGUGAUCGACUCUCCAAGACCAAGUCGGCCGGCACGAAAGGGGAUGGGAAAGAUGCUAUGGACGAGUCUAAGGCUGUUGGAGCUGUCAAAUGGCCAGUCCUGAAGCUCUACUUGACCUCCAUGGGUGGAUGGGCUUUCUGGUCGGUAGCUUGCCUGGUCUUUGUCCUCCAGCAGGUCAGUGGUGUCGCCUCGAACGUAUGGAUUAGGCAGUGGGCCAAUCAAUACCUCGAAGAAAAGGACGCUUCAGGCGUCCAAUUGACUGCAGCCUCUCAGAGCUACCAUACUGCUUCACUGCCUUCGGCGUACUUGGCCUCCAUCCCGAAAUAUACCCAGCUGCAGUCGUGGCUGCAAACCGCCGGGAACGAAACAAGCCUCACGGCCGCUGGCCCGCACGGUGUCAACGUCACUUACUACCUCCUUAUUCUUGCCUUGAUCGGCUUGGUCGGGGCGAUAUGUGCUUUGGUCAGAGACUUGUGGAUCUUCAUUGGCUCCCUGACGGCGUCAUGGGGCCUCCACGACCGUCUCAUGAGCUCGGUCACCAAGGCACAGUUCAAGUUCUUUGACGUGACACCACUUGGCCAGAUCAUGAACCGAUUCAGCAAGGACAUGGAAGGUAUUGACCAGGAGGUUGCACCCGUCGCUAUUGGAGUCAUGACGUGUGCAUUGGGCAUCCUCGUUACUGUUGUGUUGAUUGCCAGUGUCACACCUGGAUUCCUCGUGGCUGGUGUCUUUAUUACUGCGGCCUAUGUCUUCUUGGGCAAGUUCUACCUCGCCUCCUCCCGAGAUCUCAAGCGACUCGAGUCUGUCCAGCGCAGUCCGUUGUUCCAGCAAUUUGGAGAGACCCUGAGCGGGGUUACAACCAUUCGAGCCUAUGGCGAUGAGCGUCGUUUCGUACGCGAAAACUUGCAAAAGAUCAACGCCCAGCUGCGUCCUUUCAUCUAUCUAUGGGCCGCUAACAGAUGGCUUGCGUUCCGAACGGACGUCCUUGGAGACCUGGUCUCCUUUUUCGCCGGAGUCUUCGUCAUUCUAAGCUUGGACACAGUGAAAUCCGGCUCUGCUGGUCUGUCAUUGUCAUACGCCAUCGGCUUUGCGGAUAAUAUUCUCUGGCUUGUGCGUCUGUACGCUAUGAACGAGCAGAACAUGAACUCAGUAGAACGUAUCAAGGAGUACUUGGAAGUCGAACAAGAGGCGCCCGCUAUUGUGGAGAAGAACCGACCACCACAGAAUUGGCCUGCUAACGGUUCUGUCGAAUUCAUCCAAUACACCACAAGGUAUCGCGCAGAUCUUGACCCGGUACUGAAUGGGCUGAGCUUCAAGAUCAGUGGCCGGGAAAAAGUCGGAAUUGUCGGUCGAACUGGAGCCGGCAAAAGUUCUUUGGCUUUGGCAUUGUUCCGCGCUCUUGAGGCUGAAGAAGGAAAAAUCCUUAUAGAUGACAUUGAUAUCGGGUUGAUCGGCUUACGCGAUCUGCGCGAGUCUAUCACUAUUGUGCCCCAGGACCCAACACUCUUUAUGGGUACCAUCAGGACGAACCUCGACCCGUUCGACAGUUAUAGUGAUGAGGAUAUCUACGCCGCGCUUCGCCGUGUUCAACUCAUCGGGCCAGACGAGAAAAUUCCCAGCCGACCGGGGUCCUCCGGCGCCGUUCCUCCCACACCAACCACCGCCGCCGAAGGCAUUGCGGAGUCAUCGGCCAGCACCAGAUCCGCGCCUGUCGUCACCAACAAGAAUAUCUUCCUAGAUCUCAACUCUCCGGUCACCGAGUCCGGCUCCAAUCUGUCUCAAGGCCAGCGACAACUCCUCUGCUUGGCGCGAGCUAUGCUCAAGUCACCGACGGUCCUGCUUAUGGACGAAGCGACGGCCUCGAUAGACUAUGCUACAGACGCAAAGAUCCAAGGCACAAUUCGUGAACUGGAAAGUAGCACAAUCAUUACGAUUGCGCACAGGCUACAAACCAUUGUGGACUACGACAAGGUCCUUGUGCUCGACAAAGGCUCAAUUGUCGAGUACGAUCACCCAUGGAACUUGAUGCAGAAGAAGGAUGGGCAGUUCAGGGGCAUGUGCGAGACGAGUGGCGACUGGGACGUCCUGGAGAAGCAGGCUAAGAAGGCCUUCAAAGCCAAGCACGAACUCGUCGACACAGAAGUACGCGACGAGACAGAGGGCUCUGAUAAGUGA